CACCAACAAACCGCUUAAAUCAUGUCAACUUUCUCAUUCAGCGAUCGAUUCAGACCUUUCAUCAAUUCAUGUUUACCUUGUUUGAGUUCUUCUUCAUCAAACUCAACUCAUCAUCAUCAAUCAUCUUCAAUUUACUUUCCUGAUUCAGAUCAUCAACCGCUACUCAAUCACAAUCAUCAUCAACAAGAAAUCAGUUUACAUUCAAAUCUUCAUCAAUUCGAUCAAGAUCUCGAUGAUUUCUUUAAUCAAUCAUCAAAACCUUUAUCUACUCUACAAUCCAUCUCAUCAUGGAUCUCAUCUCGUCUUUGGUUCAAACAUCAAAUUCAUUCAAAUUCAGAUUUAUAUCAAUCUCAAUCUCAUCACAGAAGACCAAGUGAAUCGGAUGCAAGAGUACUAGGAGAUCUUUCAUUCUUAGUUUCACCUCAACAUCGAAAACCUUCUCGAGAUCCUAUCGAUCAACUUCGACCAGUUUAUCCUCAAACCACAAUGUCUCUCACUACGCCUACUGACGAUCAAUUACGUCAAGAAGAAGAAGCUUUAGCAGCUAUUGAAGAAGAAGAGUAUCGAUUGGCUCGUAAGCGUGCCAAGAAGAAAGCUAAAGCACUCGGAUUACUUUCUCAUUCUAAUUCAUCUCAAUAUUCAUCUAGUCAAGGAUCAAGCCAACUACGUUCUUCUAAACCAGAUCGAUCAAAAACUCAAUCUCGUUUACGUCCUCAUUCACCCAACACUCGGUCUAGUCAAUCCUCUAGAUCUUCUGAUUUCUCAGACUGUGAUCUCUUUAGUAAUCCUACCAUCAUCAGUACCAAUACCGAUGCUUCUGUACCCAACACACUUACUCCUGAGAUCAUCGAAUCGAUUCGUAAUACAUUUGGAGCCGAUGCAGAAGAGUUGUAUGGUCAACAACUAACAUUGGUUCAAAUCGAACAAAUCUAUCAUCAUCUUGAAUCGAAACGGAAUCUUGAGGUCUUUCAAUCUGCUCAACCUCAAUCUAAUGCUUUGGAAAAGAAAUCUCGUUCAAAGAGUCAUCGAGGACGACCUACUUCAAGUCUUAAUGGAGAUUGUAAGGUUAAUGGAAGAGAUAUGAAAUGAAUGGAAACACGAAAUAAGAAUCUUUAUAGGAAAAGAGUUGAUAUCAUCGAUUUACUUGGUUUCAAGAUUUCCUUUGCUUUCAAGCCAUUUCAUUUUUCAUUUUCUUUAUGUUUUCAUUUUCAAUCGUUUUCUUCUUGAAUAAUCUGUGUAAUUCUUUGAUAUGUUUAUUUACCUAUUUGGAUUUUUACUAUAACCCUCAAGUUUCGAUUUUGUUUUAAUUAUUAGUGUCAAUUUUGUUUUAAUUAUUAUCGUUUCGAGUUUGUUCUAAUGAUUUGAUUACUUUAAGACCCUAUGCAUUAAAUACAAUCAAACAUGUAUAGUUUUUUCAUCAAUAGCUUAUUUUGAAGUAAAUCAACUUGAUCAUUUUUCAUAAUUGUUAGUUUGAUUUUGAUCUUAUUACUUCUUUUCGAAUAUGUACAAUUAAUUUUUCUUUUGGUCAGUGUUGCUGAGACACG